AUGCUAAUAUGCUACCAUCUAUCGUCGUCAUUAAAUCUGCAAUUAGACAGUCGGCAACAAUAAAGAAACUCGAAAAUUUCUCCUUUAUCAACGUGACUUGAUAAAGGAGACCGGUAUCUUGCAGCGCGCCCUCUUCCUUUUCAACUUGAUCCCCUUAUCGACCGAAGAAGAAGCCAAUUUACCUGGCCGUUUCGCGUGGAAUGUUGUCAGCAUUGAGCAGCAUCAGAGCAUCGUCGAAAAUAUUUACUACGCGCCGGGAGAUGCGUGACGAUGCACGCGUGCCGAGUCGUCGGAUAGCCGGAUCGUCCAGCAAUUUUAUCUUCGGCGUACGGGACGAGCUUACGGACGAAGUCGGAUACGAAGUAGCGGCACGAGAGGAGAGCUCACGUGGAGUCUUGCUGUUAGCCACCGUGCUCCGGAUGUCGCGCGCCGUGUGGUGAACAGCGGUGGAGCACUUGUGCCUGCUUGUGCCUCGCGACGACUCGCCUUCGAAAAUCGCAACAGAGUCGCGCGCGGAGUUGUUUUCCCUCGAGCGAGCAUAAAUGGCACUGCUACUCACCAUAUCCAACAUGUGGGACUCGACGCUGCUCCUGAACACCCUAACCCCAAAAUUCUACGUCGCCCUCACCGGUACGUCGUCUCUCAUCUCCGGCCUGAUACUCAUCUUCGAGUGGUGGUACUUCAGGAAGUACGGCACCUCGUUCAUCGAGCAGGUGUCACUCAACCACAUCUCGCCGUGGAUCGGCGGCGGUGACAGCGCCAACGAUGGCAAUGGUACGAGCCUCACCUCCGGAGGCUCCUCGAGUCACCAGAAUGUGCCCGAGUGCAAGGUCUGGCGCAAUCCGAUCAAUCUUUUCAGAGGCGCGGAGUAUCAGAGAUUUUACUGGGCCACCAACAAGGAGCCCCUCACGUACUACGACAUGAACUUGUCCGCACAGGACCAUCAGACGUUCUUUACCUGCGAAGGUGAUACUGGUAAAGCAGAGUACGAGAUUAUGCAAACAGCUUGGAGAGAGCGCAAUCCAGUAGUGAGAAUACAAGCUGCACACAGUGCUCUCGAUCGUAAUCCCGAUUGUGCGCCAGCUUAUAUUCUUCUCGCGGAGGAAGAGGCCACUACUAUCGUCGAGGCGGAGAAGAUCCUGAAGCAAGCCUUGAAAGUGGCCGAAAACAAUUACAGGAAGUCACAGAAUACCCAACACCAGGGAUCCAUAGCCGAGGCGAUACACAGGAGGGAUACAAAUGUCUUGAUCUACAUCAAGAGAAGACUAGCGAUGUGCGCGAGGAAAUUAGGGAAGCUUAAGGAGGCGGUGAAGAUGUUCCGCGAUCUCACAAAGGAGGUACCGCCCAUCAUGAAUGUCUUGAAUAUCCAUGAGAACCUGAUUGAGACCCUGCUGGAGAUGCAGGCGUACGCGGACGUGCAGGCCGUGCUGGCCAAGUACGACGACAUCAGCCUGCCGAAAUCGGCGACCAUUUGCUACACGGCGGCGCUGCUGAAGGCACGGCUGGUGGCGGACAAGUUCUCACCCGAUAUCGCCAGUAAACGCGGUCUGACCACCGCCGAGAUGUCGGCGGUGGAGGCGAUCCACCGGGCCGUAGAAUUCAAUCCUCAUGUGCCCAAGUAUCUCCUGGAAAUGAAGCCGCUCAUCCUCCCUCCUGAACACGUGCUGAAACGUGGUGACUCCGAAGCGAUUGCAUACGCGUUCUUUCACCUGGCACACUGGAAGCAGAUAGAGGGUGCCCUGAAUCUACUCCACUGUACGUGGGAAGGCACGUUCAGGAUGUUGCCCUAUCCGCUGGAGCGUGGUCAUCUGUUUUACCCGUAUCCAACGUGUACUGAAUGUGCCGACCGGGAGCUCUUGCCGUCGUUCCACGACGUCAGUGUCUACCCGAAGAAGGAGCUGCCCUUCUUCAUCCUCUUCACCGCCGGUCUGUGCUCGUUCACUGCACUGUUGGCCCUGUUGACUCAUCAGUAUCCGGACACCAUGGGCGUAGUCGCCCGUUCGAUGCUUGCCUGGGUCUCCCGUCCGUUUUAUUAUCUUCUUGACAAGCUGGCUAUCUUGCCCUCUAACUUAUUGCAGCAGCUCUCUAGAAUAUAAGGCUGUAUUUCCACAUAUGAUCUCCAUUAACUUAAGAACUUAUUGUGAUACUCGCGAUACUUAUUGCUUUAUUUCUAUCAUCUAUCUCUGUAGGCGCCUGUAUUAGGUAUGUACGUAAAUGUGUAAAAGUUCCAAUUUACAAUUUUGUCGUGACUGAUGCAUCACGAUAUCUUUGUAGCGACGAUUGUGUUUACCGUUAAGUUCAAAUCUAUGGAACAAUGAUGAAUAUUAACAGCAACAAUAAGAAUUUUAGACAGUAACGUUUUCGUUACGCGUUAUAUAUAAUAUAUAUAUAU